AUGGUUCGUUUCACUACGGUUGCCGUUGCAGCUUUGACUGCUUCGGUAGCUUCUGCCGCCAUCGCUUGUGGCGGCGGCACCAAGUGCCCUGAUUCAGUACCUUGCUGUUCCCAAUACGGCCAAUGUGGUACCGGUGCUUACUGUCUCGGUGGUUGCGAUCCCCGCAACUCCUUCUCGUUGAACUCUUGUACACCAGAGCCGAUCUGCCAGAGCAAGACCUUCAAAUCCUUUGACAACUUGGACGGCAUGGCUAGCAUCGACAAAUAUCUUGGAAACGCUACUGAGUACGAUUGGAUGUACAGUGGGACACCAUUGACUCACAAUGGAGAGCUUAUCCUUGCCAUGGGCAACGGAAGUGUUGGUACUUUGGUUUCCUACAACCAUUAUAUCUGGUACGGAAAAGUCUCCGCUAUGUUGAAAACUUCUCGAGGUGCUGGUGUUGUCACCGCUUUCAUUCUGAUGUCCGACGCGAAAGACGAAAUUGACUACGAAUUUAUCGGCGCAAACUUGACUACUGCUCAGACCAACUUCUACUUCCAGGGUCUCCUCGACUACCACAACGGGGUCAAUGCUACCAUUGACUCCAACUCUUUCGACAACUACCACCUAUAUGAGAUUGAUUGGACCCCCGAUGCCGUCACCUGGUAUCUCGACGGAAAGUCUGUCCGUGUUUUGAAAAAGACAGACACGUACAAUGCGACUUCCAAAAAUUUCGAGUACCCUCAAACUCCUUCUCGUCUCCAAUUGUCUCUCUGGCCUGGUGGUCUGGCCUCCAACGCCCCGGGUACUAUUGCAUGGGCCGGUGGUGAAAUCGACUGGAACAGUCAGGAUAUGAAGGAUCCUGGUUACUACUAUGCGAUCUUCAGCAGUAUUAGCAUCACUUGCUACGACCCUCCUGCUGGUGCCAAUGUCAAGGGCGGAAAUGCGUACAUUUACACCAGCCCUACGCUCACAAACGACACAGUUCAGAUCGUCAACAACAGCACUGUCUUAUCAAGCUUUGCAAACACUGGUCUAAACAUGACUGCAGGUGCCUCUACAGCCUCGGCAUCUGCCUCGACUGUCCCAAACAGUAUCCCUGGCCAAAGUGGCGGUGACGGCGCUCACGGCGCCGGUAAUCCAAGCGGCUCAACAACAUCAUCCAGCGGGCCCGCAUCGACUGGUUUCAGCCAGGGCACUGGCAGCACUAAGACUGGAACGGCCUCAGUCAACGAGAACAUGUUCCAAAGCUCAAUCUUUGCUGUUCUCGUUGCGGUCGUCGCUUUGGUCGCUCUGUAA